AUGGCUUCAAGUUCUGAUGUGAAAUCAGAUGUUCAGAUCUCUAACAAGAUCAAUGAUGAAAGGCCAGAAAAGUUUAAGGGAGUAGAUUUCAAAAGAUGGCAGCAGAAAAUGCAAUUUUAUCUUACAACCUUGAACUUGGCACACAUCCUCAAGGAGGAAUGUCCCAAGCUAGCGGAUCCAGAUUCAAGAGAGUCUCUCUUGACUGUAGAGACAUGGAAGCAGUCUGACUUCCUUUGCAGAAACUAUAUUCUCAAUCGUCUCGAUGAUACGCUAUAUGACAUAUAUUCAGCGUAUUCUACUGCGAAGGAAGUCUGGGAUUCACUGGAGAAGAAAUACAAAAUGGAUGAUGCUGGGGCCAAAAAGUUUGUGAUUGGAAAAUUCCUCAAGUAUGUAAUGGUGGAUUCAAAGCCAGUGACAAAACAAGUAGAAGAGAUUCAAAUUCUCAUGCAUGAGUUACAUGGGCAAGGAUGCUCAAUUAAUGAACACUUUCAGGUUGGAGCAAUAAUUGAAAAAUUGCCUUCAUCUUGA